AUGAAACGUUAUUGUGUCCGCUCAACAACUUUUACGACUUUACACCAGCUCCGACAAACGGCGACGGCGACGGUACCGGCGAGAUUUCGUAUUGAUGCUCGGAUUAUCAAAACUGGGUUCGACACAGAUACGUGUCGUUCCAAUUUUAUCGUCGAGGAGCUUCUCCGGAAAGGUCAAGUUUUUGCUGCACGCAAGUUGUUCGAUGAAAUGCCCCAGAAGAACACUGUGUCCACUAAUACGAUGAUUUCCGGUUACGUCAAGUCUGGUGAUAUUUCCAGCGCGCGAGAGCUGUUUGACGCAAUGGUUGAUAGAACUGUUGUGACUUGGACUAUCUUGAUGGGUUGGUACGCCAGGAACAACCAGUUCGAUGAAUCUUUCAAGCUUUUCCGUGAGAUGUGCAGGUCUUGUACUCUUCCUGAUCAUGUGACCUUCGCUACGCUUUUACCAGGCUGCAAUGACGAGGUUCCCGAGAAUGCGGUGUCUCAAGUUCAUGCAUUUGCAGUGAAGUUAGGCUUUGAUAGGAACCCUUUUCUCACUGUUUGUAAUGUUUUGGUUAAGUCUUACUGUGAGAUAGGGAGACGUGAUUCGGCGUGUGUGGUGUUUGAGCAGAUUCAAGAGAAGGACUCUGUCACGUUCAACACGCUUAUUACAGGGUACGAGAAGGAUGGUUUGUACAUGGAGGCGAUUCAUCUCUUUGUCGAAAUGCAGCAGUCGGGUCACAAGCCUUCGGAUUUCACAUUUUCAGGGGUUCUCAAGGCAGUUGUUGGGCUACAUGAUUUUGUUCUUGGUCAGCAACUCCAUUGUCUGGCAGUUACUACCGGCUUUUCCAGGGAUGUGUCUGUUGGGAAUCAAAUUCUUGAUUUCUACUCCAAACAUGAUCGGGUUCUUGAAACUAGGAAUCUUUUUAAUGAAAUGCCUGAGUUGGAUUUUGUUUCUUACAAUGUGGUCAUCUCAAGCUAUUCACAGGCUGAGCAAUACGAGGAAUCCUUGAAAUUGUUCAGAGAAAUGCAGUGCAUGGGGUUUGAUCGGAGAAACCUCCCUUUUGCGACAGUGCUGAGCAUCGCAGCUAACUUUUCAUCCUUGCAGAUGGGUCGACAAGUGCACUGCCAGGCAAUCGUUGCAAUGGCUGAUUCGGUUCCUCAUGUUGGGAAUUCUUUAGUAGAUAUGUACGCAAAGUGCGAAAUGUUUGAGGAAGCUGAGUUGAUAUUCAAGAGGUUAUCACAACAGAGCACUGUUUCAUGGACUGCCUUGAUCUCAGGUUAUGUUCAGAAAGGUCUUCAUGAAGCUGGGCUUAAGCUGUUCACCAAGAUGCGAGGAGCAAAUUUACGAGCAGACCAAUCAACUUUUGCUACUGUAUUGAGAGCUUCCGCUAGUUUCGCUUCUUUGUUGCUGGGGAAACAACUCCACGCAUUCAUAAUCAGAUCAGGGAACUCGGAAAACGUGUUCUCCGGAUGUGGACUGGUUGAUAUGUACGCCAAGUCUGGCUCUAUCAAAGAUGCAGUUCAAGUAUUCGAAGAGAUGCCUGAUAGAAAUGCAGUUUGUUGGAAUGCUUUGAUUUCAGCAUAUGCUGAUAAUGGAGAUGGAGAAGCAGCCAUUGGUGCAUUUACAAAUAUGAUUCACUCAGGUCUCCAGCCAGAUCCAGUCAGCGUCUUGGGCGUCUUGACUGCAUGUAGUCACUGUGGAUUUGUUGAACAAGGAACAGAAUAUUUCCAGGCAAUGUCUCGGAUCUACGGGAUGACUCCAAAGAGAAAACACUAUGCGUGCAUGCUGGAUUUGCUUGUUAGAAACGGAAGAUUCGCAGAAGCAGAGAAGCUGAUGGGUGAAAUGCCCUUUGAGCCAGAUGAAAUCAUGUGGUCGUCAGUGUUGAAUGCAUGUCGGAUUCACAAGAAUCAAGGUCUUGCUGAGAGAGCAGCAGAUCAGCUCUUUGGUAUGGAGAAGCUAAGGGAUGCUGCUGCGUAUAAAAGCAUGUCCAAUAUCUAUGCAGCGGCUGGGGAAUGGGAGAGUGUUAGUCAUGUAAUGAAAGCGAUGCGCGAACGUGGCAUCAAGAAGGUUCCAGCUUAUAGCUGGGUUGAAGUAAACCUUAAGAUUCAUGUGUUCUCAUCGAAUGACAAGACACACCCGAAAGGAGAUGAGAUCGUGAGAAAGAUCAAUGAAUUGACAGCUGAGAUUGAAAGAGAAGGAUACAAGCCUGACACGAGUUGGGUAGCACAAGACAUAGAUGAGCAGAUGAAGAUUGAGUCGCUUAAGUUCCACAGUGAACGUUUAGCUGUUGCAUUUGCUCUUAUCAGUACACCAGAAGGGUGUCCGAUCGUUGUGAUGAAGAACUUGAGGGCCUGCAGGGAUUGCCACGCUGCAAUAAAACUAAUAUCGAAGAUUGUAAAGAGGGAGAUAACUAUAAGGGACUCAAGAAGAUUCCAUCACUUUAGGGAUGGAAUCUGUUCUUGUGGGGAUUACUGGUGA